AAAAAAAAAAAAAAAAGAUUGUAAAGGUUGUACAUCAUGACAUCUACAAGACGGACCCCAGUUUAUGUUAAUGUCUACGACAUGAUUCCCUCUAAUGUUCUGACAGCGAUCGGCUACUUCAUGGGUCUGGGAGUUUUUCACUCUGGGGUAGAAAUUCUUGAUAAAGAGUUUAGCUUUGGAGGACAUGAAGAAAAUACCACAGGGGUCUUUUGUGUGCAACCUCGUGUAGGGCCUGAAGGAGUAGUUUACAAAGAAACCAUUCUGGUCGGCUUUACAACAAAAACAGAUGCUGAGAUUAAUCAAGUCAUUCAGAUAUUAUCCAAGGAAUUCACAGGAGAUUCGUACGUAUUGUUGUCCAGAAACUGUAAUCACUUUUCAUCAGAAAUGGCGUACCGUCUUACUGGAUCGAGGCCUCCAGCCUGGAUUAAUCGUGCAGCUAAACUAGGGACCAUGUUUCCAUGUGUUGUACCACAGGGCUGGAUUGAACCACCGUUGGCGGAAGAGGAGAUUAUUCGCGAUAGAGAGACACUCUUGCCUAGAGCAUGAAUAUGAGAAAAUAUGGCAUUUGG